AGUUCCUCGAGCACUGUGGGAGGCGACAGCCAGAGCUUGCGUUCGCACUUGAAGUCGUGGGUCUGAGGAUUUCGGUUGCGUUUCUUCUCUUAGUUCGGUGAAGAGAAAUUUGGUGAGAAGAUGUUCACUGACGGCCUGGACACCAAUGCCAUCAGAUGGGUAAGAGAGAAUGAUCGUGUGCUCCCAAGUUCAGCUCUGAGGACGAGGAUAGAUUCUGGCAUUGGCACGCGAAAAGUUAGGCAUGGUUCUGUACUACCGCCGACGUCCAAGUUCAGUAGUGGCCAUCUGCCUGCAAGUGCAAUCGCAGUAACAAGCACCGGACGUCGCAAUGCUGAGGAUAGUGGCUCGGCGUCAGAGAAUGACGUGAGCAGUGAUUCAGAAGAAGUUUAUGGUGGGCGUUACUCCCUAGAGUCAUCUCCUCGAGAUGAAAUAGCUGGCAAUGGAAAGUUUCAUGGCUUGAGGAACCCUCUGCAAGGCCGGCCACGAUAUAGCAGUGUGUAUUCGGACGUCAGUUCUUCAGUGGAAACAAUGGUGGGCAGACAGGAUCAGAUUAGAGAAAAAGGGAACGGGAGGUACCCAGUUCGACAGAAUGGUUACACAGAGGAUGAGUCAUCUGAUUCAGCUGCUAGCUCAGAAUUCUCUAGCACACAAGUUGGUAGCAUAAAUGGGUCUAUUCCAAGGAGCAGAGCAUAUGUUUCUGAAGGAUAUACCUCAAGUGUGCCUUCGCGAAUGAAAACAGAAUCUACUGCCAUGAAGGAUAGUGCCGCAAAAAUGCAGAAUGGUAGAUACUCGGACGAUGAUAUUCCCAGUGCGCCUCCUUUCAGCAGUUCUGCCCAUGAAAUCAGAAAAGCAGUUGAACAAACACCAUCCUCUCGAGCUCAAAGUAGAGCAGGAAUUCAAGACUCUGCAGGUCUCAAAGCUGCUGAUGCCCCAGAGACAGUCAAAGCAACACCUGGGAAUAAGGGGAAUGAAACUGUGAGUAAGAGUGCAGAGCAAUUUGUCAGGGCUACUCCUGGCGCAGAAACUGCUUUGCCCUCCAGUUCACAUCCUCCUCGUCUUCCAGCCUUUCAUGCAAGUGCAUUGGGUCCUUGGCAUGCUGUGAUAGCAUAUGAUGCAUGCGUACGCCUUUGCCUCAAUGCUUGGGCUAGGGGCUGCACGGAGGCUCCUAUGUUUCUUGAAAAUGAGUGCCUUCUGUUGAGGGAUGCAUUUGGCUUGCAGCAAGUUCUCCUGCAGUCAGAGGAGGAACUCCUGUCGAAGCGAUCAGCUGAGCUCGCAAGUGAGGGAGCUGCCCCAAAACCCAAGAAAAUUAUUGGCAAGAUGAAGGUUCAAGUAAGGAAAGUCAAAACGGUCCUGGAUCCCCCUACUGGAUGUAGUAUACUAGCUUUGAAGACAGCUUCAUCGUUGAGGAUGCCAUCGCUAAACAUGGAAGUUCUACGACAUAACUUCUCCAACAUCCAGUCAACUCUUUCCUCUAAAUGGCAAGCUCUUGGAAAUAUCCGCACAAGGCCCAGAAUUGCAGCAAACGGUUCCUUCUCACGCCAGAGCUUGGCAUACGUACAUGCCAGUACUCGUUAUUUGAAGCAAGUUUCAGGACUUCUGAAAACUGGGGUAACAAGUCUGCGUAACAGCUCAAUGUCAUAUGAGGUUGUGCAAGAAACAUACUCUUGUCUGUUGAGAUUGAAGAGUACGAGUGAAGAAGACGCCGUAUGCAUGCAACCUGGAUCUGGUGAAACUCAUGUCUUCUUUCCAGAUGGUGCAGGAGAUGAUCUAAUUGUUGAAGUUCAGGAUUCAAAGGGGAAGUAUUAUGGUCGUGUCCUGGCACAGGUGGCAACUAUUGCUGACGAUCCGGCUGACAAGUUGCGCUGGUGGUCUAUUUAUCGUGAGCCAGAUCACGAGCUUGUAGGGAAACUGCAGCUCUAUAUAAAUUACUCAACUAGUUCCGAAGACAAUAGUCAUCUCAAGUAUGGAACUGUUGCAGAAACUGUUGCAUAUGACCUGGUGCUAGAAGUUGCUAUGAAGGUGCAACAGUUUCAACAAAGAAACCUGUUGUUGAAUGGUCCUUGGAAAUGGCUUUUAACAGAGUUCGCUUCAUAUUAUGGGGUUUCUGAUGUCUACUCCAAGCUAAGAUACCUUUCAUACAUAAUGGACGUGGCCACUCCUACUGCCGACUGCCUUAAACUGGUGUAUGACUUAUUGAUCCCUGUACUAAUGAAGGGACAAAGUAGAGGCACAUUAAGCCAUCAGGAGAACCGCAUAUUGGGAGAAGCCAAGGAUCAGAUUGAACAGAUCCUUGCUCUUGUUUUUGAGAACUACAAGUCACUGGACGAGUCAACACUCUCGGGGAUUAUGGACGUUUUCAGGCCUGCGACUGGGAUUGCUGCACCUGCCUUGGAACCCGCUAUUAAACUAUACACUCUGCUUCAUGAUAUACUGUCUCCUGAGGCACAGACUAGUCUGUGUCAGUAUUUCCAGACUGCCGCCAGAAAGAGAUCAAGAAGACACUUGACUGAGACUGAUGAAUAUGGUACAAGCAAUACUGAGUUUAUGCUGACGGAUCCUGUAUCUAUGUCCACUGCCUAUCAGAAGAUGACCGCACUCUGCAUAAACAUAAAGAAUGAAAUUUCUACAGAUAUUGAGAUCCAUAAUCAGCAUAUACUCCCUAGUUUCAUUGACCUGCCAAAUUUAUCUUCUUCAAUAUACAGCAGUGAGUUAUGCAAUAGAUUGCGUGCAUUUCUUACUGCUUGCCCACCCUCUGGUCCUUCCCGUCCUGUGGCAGAGCUUGUCAUUGCUACAUCCGAUUUUCAGAGGGAUCUUGCUGGCUGGAAAAUCAGUCCUGUGAAGGGUGGCGUUGAUGCUAAAGAAUUGUUCCAUCUGUAUAUUUUGGUGUGGAUUCAAGAUAAGCGCCUGUCCUUACUUGAGACAUGUAAAUUGGACAAGGUGAAAUGGUCAGGUGUUAGGACUCAACAUUCUACGACUCCCUUCGUGGAUGAAAUGUACGAUCGGCUGAGAGAGAUGUUGAAUGACUAUGAAGUCAUCAUUUGCAGGUGGCCAGAAUACAUAUUUGUGCUCGAGAAUGCUAUUGCUGAUAUUGAAAAGGCAGUGGUGGAAGCUCUUGACAAGCAAUAUGCAGAUGUCCUCUCACCGUUGAAGGAUAAUCUAACACCUAAGAAAUUUGGCCUUAAGUAUGUCCAGAAACUUGCAAAGCGAUCAGUAUGCUCCUACACUGUGCCUGAUGAGCUUGGGGUACUUCUAAAUUCCUUGAAGAGAAUGCUAGAUGUCUUGCGCCCUAAGAUAGAACUCCAGUUCAAGUCAUGGGGUUCCUGCAUGCCCAUCAGUGGAAACACUGCUCCUGGAGAGCGUCUCAGUGAGGUGACAGUCAUGCUGAGAGCCAAAUUCAGAAAUUAUCUGCAGGCUGUCUUGGAAAAACUUGCUGAGAAUUCAAAGUUACAGGCCUCUACAAAACUGAAAAAGGUUCUACAAGAUUCCAAAGGGACUGUGGUGGAAUCGGAUGUAUGGGGUAGAAUGCAACCCCUAAGAGAGCAGCUGACGGAAACAAUGAAUCACCUCCACACAGUCUUUGAAACUCACGUCUUUGUCGCUCUUUGCCGAGGUUACUGGGACCGGAUGGGACAGGAUGUUCUGAGUUUCUUGGAGAACAGGAAGGAGAACAGGUCGUGGUAUAAAGGUUCACGAAUCGCUGUAUCUAUCAUGGAUGAUACUUUUGCCUCGCAAAUGCAACAGCUUCUUGGGAACACUCUGCAAGACAAAGACCUUGAACCACCAAGAUCGAUCAUGGAAGUGCAGUCAAUACUGUGCAAGGAUGCUCCCAAUCACAAGGACAACACAUUUUACUAUUAGGCUUUUGUAAAUAGACUCUGAGUUGAAGGUCAAGUAAGCCGGAGUUUAGGAGCCUGAGAUAUGAAGCCAUCACAUGAUAAGUGAUAGGGCAGGAUGCGGGCAGAGAAACACUUCUCACGAAGUGUUCUCCUGCAAUCUUCCUGUCUGCCAGAAUGCCCAUGGCAUCGAUAGUAUUACACUUUUUCGAUUGACUCUUGCGGCAAUUUUGUAGAGGGAGCAAGCAACUCCGCUGCUCCAAGCAUAGCAUUGUCAGUAGAGUUAGAGCCAUAUAUGUCUUGUUACCACAUUGGCCUUCAAAGUGGCAGAAAACUAAUGCUCAUAUAUACAGUUUUCCUGUCAGGUGCAUAUGUCAAUGCAAUAGUUUUUUCUUCCUU